AUGUCUUCAGAUACAAGCACUACAAAUACAUCUACCACAAGUGUUACUACAAGUGCGACUGCAAGUGCAAGUGCAAGCACAAGUACAACCGCUUCGCAAGAUUCAAAGCCUCAUUGGAAUCAACCACCGUCUUCUAUAAUACCCAGUUCAAUCCCAGUAGAUGAUGUUAGAAAACUUUUACAAUUAUUAACAGUGUCGCCUUUUGUGACCUCGGAUAUUUGGGAAAAAAUUAAAGAGAUCCCCAAUAUCUCGCCUCUAAUUAAAGAGUUUAAUAUUGACUCAGAUACCAGCAUCGCCAUUGCAUCAAAUCACGUUAAGCGACUCCCUGUACCUACUAUUAAAACAGGAAGCACAAUACGUAAGGAUUGGUCAGGAAUCAAUUCUCACAAUCAAUUCAAUUAUGAUAUCGAUUAUAAAACAUUAACCAAAGAAGAAUACAUUGCAAGUCGAUUUAAUGAUGACACGUUAUCAAAGAUGAAACAACAAAUCAGUUACGCCAUGCUAUGUAAAAAUGAUCAAGUAUCUAUUUUAUGGAAAUACGUUUUCAGUUCACUAUUACUUCAAUAUAAAUUAGACCAAAACGUCUUUAAUCAAAUCCCCCUGCAUCCAACUAUUAUUGAUAAAUGUGAAGAAUUGAUUGUCAAACGAUACUUUUUACAAGCAGCAUACACUAAAAGAGAAUUGAAAUAUAUAUAUUCUAGAAACAUUCAUGAAAUUUUUAAAAAACUUUUAUUCCCCAUAAAUCCAACCCAUGGACUAUACGAAGCACGUACGUUAUAUAAAAAUUUGGAAAUAACCACUGUACCAGAUAUUGAGCGUCAACUAUUAAUCAUUAACAUGUUGAAUGAAUUCUCCAAUGAACCAAAAUUUUCUUCAAGACAACAAGCCGUAACCAUCAUUAGUUUAUUUAAAGAUACAUUCCCAGGUAGAUUUGCAUAUUUGUUUGAAAAAUGGGAUCAAGCUUAUGAACACUUGACUCUUAAAUUAGUAUUAUCAGAUAUUGAACCAAUUCUUGAAGAUCCAUAUUAUCAAGAAUUGAUUACGAAGCAGAAAAAUAAAUAUAAAGAUAGAAGGAAAAGGAAAAGAAGAAAUAAAAAAUUAAAUAAAAGAGAAAGUAAUAAUUUUAAUAAUAAUAUCAAUAUUGAAGAUACGAUUUGUUCUCAACUUGGGUUAAGUUUGUCAGACACUGAACAUGAGAAUUUAUAA